CGCCGUCGGGGCGGCCCGCGGGCAGCGGCCGGCUGGCAGCUGCGGUGCCACCCCGCAAAAGACGGCUCUAACAGAGUAAAGGUGUUACCCGUCCGCCAGCCGCCGUCCGGCCAGGGGCACAGGCUGGCUGUGCGGCGAGGGAAGGCGGAGGAGCGAAUGUCUGUUCCUUGGGCCAUCCCCCGAAAGCAACGUAGAGCAGGCAUCGCUGCCCGGCCCCUCAGCUCCCCUCCCGCUCUACUCCGAGGGGAGGGAAGCCACUGCCCUUUGGAACUGGCCGUAGAAGGGUUCGGGGUUUACAGGCGGGGCCCCUAAAGCACAUGUGUUUUCUACAACCCACUCGGAAUUUGUGCAUGCGUGCGUGCGUGUUUCGGGCACCGUCAGGAGCGUGCUUUGGCGCCGCGGCAUUUAAAACUCGGCGGCAGAACGCAGAACAGCUGGCUCUGUCGUGCUGGCAGCGUGCUGCGAGAGCGGCAGCAGCAAGCGGGGAGCGCGCUCCGGGAGUGGGACACCGCUGUCAUCGUCCCCGCCGCGCCGUCGGAGCAGAGACAGGAGGAAGCGCAGCGCCCUCUGUCGGCACCGCGCCUCAGUGUCGGCGCCGGUGGGACGGACGGGACGGGCGGCUUCCUCGGCGCGCGAGUGUGGCGUCACGUUUGCGCCGCCAUGGGGAAGAGCCGGGCGCAGGCGGCGAAGGCGGUGAGCGUGUUCCGCAUCGCCCGCAGCGGAGCCGUCAGGGCCAAGGGCAAGGGCAAGGCGCGGCCCGUCACCUCCGCGCUGAAACGGCUUGGGCACCUGGCAUCCAGCUAUGGCCAGUACACCACACGAAGGAAGGGAGGAAGGCUUCCUGGAACCCUAGUCCAGCUAAGAGGAGCAGACGGUGGUGUAGCAGGGCCUGUCUACAGCCUGGCUGAGAUAAACAUUAAAAAUGCUGAGAAAGUUAAUACAAUAAAUAAAGCAUUUGAUGAAGUUCAGAAAGAAUUACAACAGCUAUCAAAAGGCACUGCAGCAGAACCUCAGAAGAGUCCUCAGGUUUCCACAGAUCGGGAAGAGGAACCAGCAAACAUGGAUGCUGCCACAACCCUAUUAGCUCAGUUGUAACGCAUAAUGGACAAUACAGGGACUGCAACAAAUGAAGAUCACAAAUACUGAUGGCUUUGUACAAUUUUAUUAAAAAAAUCUUGUUAAUAUACAAGUAUUGGCACACUUUAAUACAAACUACAAACAGACCUUUCCUAUCAUCUAGGAAAGUGGAAUGUCAGAAGUCAGUGUGAGAAACUUAAAGUGCUAAAACAGAAGGCACUUCACAAAAUUGGUUCACUGAAACAAUUUAGCAUAACUCAAGUUGAUAUCCUUCACUUUUCAGCGUGGCAGUGAAAGCUUCAAAAUUGAUUGAAAAGGGAAAAAAAAUAGGAAGCUUCUUGGCAGUAAAGCUUCAAAGAAAAUGCUGUUAACUGUGAGCAAGAAGCCUAAUAAAUUUUUUUUAAAUGAUCAAAA